UGUUGCGAAUCCGUAAUUCUGUCUUUUUCCAGAGCGUGAGAUGAAACAAAUCUGGGAACGUAACCUGACCGCCAGAAACUCCAUCCCCCACUAACCAUAAAAGCACUACAAUUCAACUUGCCUUCUCGCAAUUUCUGGAUCAAAUUGGGGUGGUUUCACGCUAUGGAGGAAGCAAAGCAGGUGCCAGAUGUUGUGCUAAAUUCUGGGCACAAGAUGCCGGUGAUAGGGAUGGGAACCGCGACUGCUCCUCUUCCGCCGGCCGAUGAGCUCACCGCCGUCUUUCUCGACGCCAUUCGCAUUGGCUACCGGCAUUUCGACACUGCUGCUAUCUAUGGCACUGAACAGCCUCUAGGACAAGCCGUGGCCAAAGCUUUAGAGCAAGGUCUCGUCAAGAGUCGUGAUGAACUGUUCAUUACUUCCAAGCUCUGGAACACCGAUGCCCAUCCCGAUCUUGUUCUCCCAGCUCUCCAUACCACGCUCCGAAAUCUGGGACUGGAGUACGUGGAUCUGUAUCUGAUUCACUGGCCAGUGAGGUUGAGACCAGGGGUUGAAGUUUUCAAUGUCACUGGGGAGGACGUUCUUCCCUUUGACACAGAAGGAAUAUGGAAGGCCAUGGAAGAAUGCCACAGAUUGGGCUUAGCCAAGUCUAUUGGGGUCAGCAACUUUGGCACCAAAAAGCUCACCCAGCUCUUAGAUAAUGCUGCAAUCCCUCCUGCAGUUAAUCAGGUGGAAAUGAACACAUCAUGGCAUCAGGGAAAACUCAGAGAAUUUUGCAGGCAGAAAGGGAUCCAUGUGAGUGCAUGGUCCCCACUAGGAGCAUACGGAUUACGUUGGGGUUCCAAUGCUGUGAUGGAGAAUCCUGUGCUUAAGGAAAUUGCUGAGGCUAGAAACAAGAGUGUAGCUCAGAUAGCACUAAGAUGGAUAUACGAGCAAGGGGCGAGCGCUAUUGUGAAAAGCUUUAACAAGGAGAGGAUGAAACAAAACCUAGAGAUAUUUGACUGGGAGCUAAGCAAGGAGGAAUCAGACAAAAUCAGCCAGAUUCCACAACGCAGGAUGUACGAGGGAACAAUGUUCCUGUCUGAAAAUGGGCCUUACAAGUCCUUGGACGAACUCUGGGACGGUGAUAUCUGAAUCAAACCUUGUUCAUAUGCAGCUUAGUACUCGUAUUAGUGUGAAUAUAGAUAAGCAAAGAGUGCAUGAGGAGAGACUAAAGAGAGAACAGUAAAU